AUGGCGACGGCGGCCGCGGCCGCGCUCGCGGGCGCCGGCGCCUGCGGCGCGGCCUGCGCGGCGCUGGGCCGCGAGCCCUGCGGCGUCGGCGCGCCGCCGGCGAGCUGCGGCGACUGCGCGGCCGGGUCCGUCGGCGCCUGGGCGCCGAGCGCGUCCGCGUGCUGGGCGGCCGACGACGACUGCGGCGGCGCCUGCGGCGGCGCCUGCGCGCCCUGCGGCCUCGGCGAGGCCUGCGCGAGCGACGCCGACUGCGCCUGGGAGGCCUGCGAGGCCGGCGCCUGCGUCGAGCCGCGCAAGGCCUGCUUCGGGGGCUGCGGCGGCCGCGGCGCGUGCGUCGUCCUCGACGUCCUCGAGGGCUUCGCGCGGACCGACGCGGCCUGCUACGCGGGCGAUUCCUGGUGCGACGCCGCCUGCCUCUGCGACGCGGGGUUCUACGGCGCGGCCUGCGAGUUCGGCGCCGACGACUACGCCGCCGCGGUCAACGUCACGCGCCACGUCGCCGCCGCGGCCGUCGCCUACGUCGGGCUCACGGACCGCGGCGACGUCGCCGCCAACGCCGCCGCGGCCGCGGCCCUGCGCGCGGCGGCCUUCCGGCCCUGCGCGGCCCUCGACGCCGGCGCCGUCGGCGACCUCGUCGCCGCGGCGGACGCCGUCGCCGCGGCCGCGCGCGCGCACGGGCUCGCGAACGCGACGAGCGGCGUGGACCUCCUGGGCGCCGUCGGCGACCUGCGCGUCGGCGUCCUCGCCUGCGCGGCGACGGACGGCGCCACCGUGGCCCGGAGCACGAUGGCGGGGCUGCUGGACGUCCUCGACGACGCGACGCGCUACGUCGCCGUCGCGGCCGCGUCCGCGGCGUCGCCCGGCGGCUUCGAGCUCGCCAUCGCCGACGCCGCCGCCGACGCCGCCAAGUUCGGGGACCGGGGCGCCCGCGCGGCGCUCGCGCUGCCGGACGCGGCGUCGCUCCCGUCGCCCGCGGACGUGAGCCUCGUCGCCUCGGUCGCGGACGUCUGGCGCGGCGGCACGGCCGCGUCCCUGGCGCUGACGACGGCGGUGUCGCGCGUCGACCUCGACGGCGGCCGCCGGCGGCUGCGCGGGUCGCCCGGCGCGCGCGGCGUCGCGGCGGGCUCGUCCGGCGCCGUCGACGGCGGCGGCGCCGCCGCCGCCGGGGGCCCCUACGUCGUGCGCCUGCGGCGCCUGAAGGCGACGGCGCCGACCCUGAUCCUCAAGAACGGCCGCCUCGACUGCGCGGCCGCCGGCCGCUACGCGAACACGACCUGGCCGUCGGUCUACCUUGACUGCGGCAACGGGUCCGCGGCCGCCGUCGACGUCAACGUGACCGACGUCGGCGGCGACGCGUGCCUCGCGCGGACCGGCACCCAGCCCUGGGCUGCGACGGCGUGCGCCGCCGCGGGGCCGGCGGGCGGCGCCAACGUGACCUGCGCCUGCGACGUCGCCGGGGCCCUCGACGUCGCCGGCGCGGCCGGCGCCGCGCUCGCGUGGGCCGCGCGCGCCGCGGCGGCCGGCGACGUCGACGGCGAGCGCCUCGGCUUCAACGUGCUCCUCGCGCUCGCCGUCUACGCGGCGACGUGCGGCGCCUGCUGCUGCCUCGCGCUCUGGGGCUGCCACGAGGACGCGGCGACGGCGCCGGAGGACCACGCGGCCGCGGCCGCGCGCGCCUGCGCGCGCGCGGACGCGCGCGCGUCGACGCGGAGGCCGCGCGCGCGCGGCGACCGGCUGCCCGUGCAGGAGCAGCGGCGCCUGCUCGAGGCGAGCCGGCGCGACGCCGUGCUCGAGGGCUGGGCCGGCGCCUGGCUCCGGGCCGUCUGGGAGGGCCACACGCACGUGAGCUUCGUCACGACGCGGCGGCCCGACGAGCCGCGGACGACGCGCGCGGCGGGGCUCCUCGUCGACUGGCUCGCCGCCUACGCCGUCGCGGGCCUCUGCUACCGCCUCCUCGUCUUCCCCGGGGGCCCGGCCUGCGGCGACUCCGACGGCGACCGCGCGGGCUGCCUCCGCCUCGACCGGCCCGCGGGCGGCCGCCGCUGCUUCUACGAGGCGUCGAGCCGGCGCUGCUACGACCGCGCGCCGACGGCCGACGACGCCUACCUGCCGCCGGCGCUCGUCGCCGUCGCCCUCGUCGCCGUCGCCGCGCUCGUGCCCCUCGCCGAGGCCUGGGACUGGUUCUACGAGCGCUACCUCACCGUCGCCGUGCCCGAGGGCUCGCCGCCGUCGCGCGGCCGGCGGUCCACGCGCGAGCCGCGGCCCGGCCGCGUCGCGCGCGCGGCGCGCGUCGCGCCCGACGCGGAGGCGGCGGAGGCGCGCGCGCCCGCGCGCGCGGCGCCGGCGGCCGCGGCGGGCCGCGACCAGCCGUCGUGGCGCGAGAAGCGGGGCGGCGGCGGCGAGCGGGGCGGCGCGAAGCGCGGCGGCGGCGUGGGCCUGAGCCUCCACAACCCCGUCGCCGCGCCGGCGCCGGCGUCGGCCCUCGAGGCGGCCUGCGUCGUCGACCUGCGGGCGUCGCCCGCGCCGCGCGACGACGCGCGCGAGGUCCUCGACCGCGCGAAGCGCGCGCUGCCCGACGAGGUCGCCGCCGUCGACGACGCCGUCGCCCGGGGCCGGCGGCAGCCGGCCUGGCUGCUCCGCCUGCGGGGCGCCCAGGUGCGCCACGACGUCGCGCGCGCGGCGGCCGCGUCGCCGGCGGCGCGCGCGCUCGCGGUCGGCCGCGUCUGGCCCUGCGCGCUCGCCGUGCUCGCGCGGCACCAGGAGCUCUGCGCGGACUGGGCCUGCCACGCGCCCGACGCGCUCGUGCGGCGCUGCUACUGGCGGCUCCUCGUCGCCCACGGCGAGGCCGAGGCCUGGGGCCGCGUCCUCGAGCGCUGCGGGAGCGCGCGCGAGGCCGAGCUCCAGCUCCUCGAGUUCUGCCAUUUGGAGCGCCUCGACGCGCGGCGCCUCGCGCUCUACCGCAAGGUCCACGGCGACACGGCGCGGCCCUACGGCCAGCGGCGGGCCAGGGCGCCGCGGACGCUGGACGCCGUGGUCCUCGCCUGGGUCGCCGUCGCCGCGGCCUGCGGCGCCGCGGCCGCGCUCCUGCUCCGCGCCGUCGUCGCGACGCGCGCGGCGCACGGCCACCGGGCCGUGCGCUCCUGGUUCCGCAUCGCCAUGCUCGGCCGCGUCGUCACGCUCUGCUUCCUCGACCCCCUGAGCCUGCUCGUCUUCCGCAAUUCUCUAUCUCGGUCAAAUCGAAGUCGAUUCGGCUGA